ACUUCCGUAACCAACACAAGCCCCGCCGUGGAUACUGACAGACGCUGCGAAGCCUCGACACAGAAGGACACAUCAGUAACAGGAGAAGCUCACUGUGCUCUGUGGAGAAAGGCCUCAAAGUGAUGACUUUUAUAGAAUGAGCUACUUCUCCUAAUUCCCCUCACAGACAGAAUGAAAGUAGAGAACAAGGAAGAACUUUCUCCUUUCAUGGAAAACGAGCGACGACACAAACUACUGUAUGCUGCUUUUAACCCUGAAGUCCGACUGAACAGAUUAGAUGUCCAGCAGCUGUUGGUUAAAGAAGAGGUCCCCCCUGAGUGGAGCCCCAGCCUGGACCAGAAGGACCCAGAGCUCCUCCAGAUUAAAGGGGAACAGGAAGAACUCCAGAUCAGUCCAGAGGGAGAGCAGCAUAAUGGUCUGGAGGAGGCCGAUAUCACCAGGUUUCCACACACUGCGGUUCCUGUGAAGUGUGAAGAUGAAGAAGAGAAAUGUUCACUGCUUCAUCACAGCCAAGCGGAGGACAACAGAGAGGCAGAGCGUCCAGCCGGCAGCUCAGCUGUGCAGAUAAAACCAGAAACUGAUGGAGAGGACUGUGGAGGAUCAGAACCAGCCAGGAAGAGAGAGCCAGACAGUCAUUCACAACCAAACACUGAUGAUGAAAAAACUUCAGUCUCUCCUGAGACUGAAAUUCAUCACAGUGACUGGCAAGACCCUUUGUCAGAUUCUGAACCUGAACCUGAAGACAGUGAUGAUGAUUGGAUGGAGACCAGGUCACCUGGGUCUGCUGUUAAUGUUCUGAAAGAUGAGGAAGCUCGUGUAAGUGAUGUGACAUCUAACACUGUGAGAAAGUCCUUUAGCCUCACCAGCAGCUUGGAUAGUAAAAAAUGUUUUAGAGUGAAGCAAAAGUCAAACACCCAGACCAGAGUCCACACAGGAGAGAAAGAAUUUGGUUGUGAUGAAUGUGGGAAAAGAUUUACACAGCGGGGAAAUCUGAAGUCACACAUGAGAACGCACACAGGAGAGAAACCAUUUGGUUGUGAUAGUUGUGGGAAAAGAUUUACAGAGAAGGGAAGUCUGAAAAAACACAGGAGAAUUCACACAGGAGAAAAACCAUUUGGUUGUGAUGAUUGUGGGAAAAGAUUUACACAUCAGUCAAAUCUGAAGUCACACAGGAGAAUUCACAUGGGAGAGAAAUCAUUUGGUUGCGAUAAUUGUGGGAAAAGAUUUACACAUCAGGGAAGUCUGAAGAGACACAUGACAAUCCACACUGGAGAGAAACAAUUUGGUUGUAGUGAUUGUGGGAAAAGAUUUACACAUCAGGCAAACCUGAAGGCACACAUGACAAUUCACACAGGAGAGAAAGCAUUUGGCUGUGAUGAAUGUGGGAGAAGAUUUACAAAACAGCGAUAUCUGAAGGCACACAGGGUAGUUCACACAGGAGAGAAACCAUUUGGUUGUGAUGAAUGUGGGAAAAGAUUUCUAGAAAAGGGAAGUCUGAAGAAACACAUGCUAGUCCACACAGGAGAGAACUCAUUUGGUUGUGGUGAAUGUGGGAAAAGAUUUGGGCAGCAGAACCAUCUGGAGUCACACACGAGAGUUCAUUCAGGGGAGAAACCAUUUGGUUGUGAUGUUUGUGGAAAAAGAUUCACACAGCAGGGUAACCUCAAAGUCCACAUGCAAGUCCACACAGAAGAGAAACCAUUCAGUUGUGAUGAUUGUGGGAAAAGAUUUAAAUGGAAAAUAAGUUUAAGUCAACACCUGAAAGUCCACAUAGAAUAGAAACCUCCCUAUUCAGUUUUUUGUUGAAGGCAAAUUAAUUAAAUAUGCUGGUAAAACCUGAGCAGGUUUCAUUCAUUUUUUUUAUUGUUCCAUGUCUUUAAAUUUUUUCCUUUCUCCUGUGUUUGUUAUAGUAUAUAAAAUGUUUCUAAUGAAUGUGUCAAAGUUGUUUGUAAAUGAGAGGGGAUGAAACAGUGUUUUCAAAUCUCUGUUUUUUAUUAAUAUUUUUUUUGGUGACUGUAAACUCCCUAACUGAUGAUUAAUAGUGGUGAAGUGCAUUAUUUAGUUUCCUCGUUUAAUUAAAUUGUCCUGUAACCUAGAUGGUUCAACAUAUAUUUCAUGUAAUAAAUAUAUUUUCACACUGUUAAAAUAA